GGACAAAGGACAGGGACUGCCCCAUCGCGGGGUGGGGACACGCGGCCUCACCUCUGCCCCAUUGCGGGGGGGCGGGCCCCGUGCGUCAAGCGGGGCACGGAAGGAAGCUUGAGGCCGGGGCGGGGUGACCGCGGCCGCAUCGCCCGCGAGAGGCAGCUCCGGCACCGGCAGCAGGCAGUGGCCAUAGCAUGAAGUGGCAGCUGAACCUGCGCCUGCUGGUGCUGCCGGCACUUGCGGCACUGGUGGCACUGGUGGGGCUGCGGGUGCAGCACAGCCCCGAGGAGCCCAUCACCACGACGCCCGGCCUGCCCUGGGCGGCAUUCCAAUGGCACAGCGUCCUGGAGCCAGCCGGGAACGCCACAGCUCCCACCCGGCACCCGCUGCAGCCGCCGUACCCGCAUCCCUAUCGCUUCCUCCUCAACCAGCCCCACAAGUGCUGGGAGCGGGCGCCCUUCCUGGUGCUGUUGGUGGCGACGGGGCCGGCGGACACCGAGGGCCGGAAUUCCAUCCGGCAGACGUGGGGCAACGAGAGCUCGGUGCCGGGAGUCUCCAUCCUGCGCCUCUUCCUCGUCGGCCUCCACCCGGUGUUCGCGGACGCGCUGAGGCCGGUGCUGCAGGAGGAGAACGUGGAGCACGGCGACCUCCUCCAGCAGGACUUCCUGGACACCUACAACAACCUGACGCUGAAGACGCUGAUGGGCAUGGAAUGGGUGGCAAAGCACUGCCCCAACGCCACCUACGUGAUGAAGGCCGACUGCGACGUCUUCCUCAACCUGGACUACCUGGUGCGGCGGCUGCUCUUGCCUCCCAAAACCAACUUCAUGACGGGUUACAUCUACCGCAACACGGGCCCGCUGCGGAGCAAGGCUUACAAGUGGUACGUGCCCCACGAGGUGUACCCCAACGCCACGUACCCCCCGUACUGCGGCGGCCCCGGCUACGUCUUCUCGGCCGACGUCGCCAGGAAGGUCUACGCCGUGGCGCAGACCUUGCCCCUCAUCAACAUGGAAGAUGCUUUCGUGGGUCUGUGCCUGCACGCGCUGGGGCUCGGCAUCACCGCCAGCCCCCGCGGCCUCUUCUCCAUGGUCCGCAUCCAGUACGAGCCGUGCCGCUUCGCCCGCCUCGUCAUGGUCCAUCGCUACCAGCCCCACGAGGUGCUCGAGCUCUGGCCGCGCUUCCAAGACGCCAAAGCCACGUGUCGGCGCUGAAGGGCUGAGCCGCGCCGGCGCCGC